AACAAACAAACAACAACUCGUGCUUUUUCGUGCACUUGCGUUGACAAGUCAUUUUGCAUAGACAUACACGCACACACUUGUACAAACAAAUGGGGUACUGCUGAUUUUUUUUAUUUGUGUGUGUAUGUGUUUAGCUUGUUGCCUUAAUACGAUGAUGAUAACUACUAAAGGUACAAGCGAAUUAAACUGCGCACAAUUAUUAUUGCUAUUAGUAUGUGCCCCUUAGAGCGCCGAGUACAAGCCAAAGGAACGUCAACUGCGUCGCUGCCGCAAUUAACGGAAACGUGUCAGAAAGGAAGAAGAGUAUAUACAUAACAAGAAAACGAAAAGAAAAACAAGCUAAUACGAGCACUAACAAGGCCAAAUCACAACAGUAAAACAUAACAGCUACAAAAAUUACCUAGUGAAAAGUUUGUUAAAAGUGAAGAAGAGUGGCAGCUGCUCGAUUGUUCAACUAUUUCUAAUAUUUACGUGCCCAUACGGCGACGCGCUUGCGAAUGUGUACUGUACGCCUAAAGUUCUCAUCUAUUGCAACAACAACCACCAUCGCCACCACCACCACCCACCCAACACAAAUAAAAACAAAAACAACACGUAAACAGCAAACACAUAACUUUAGUCGCUGGUGUUGGUCUGCAUAGCGAAGGAGUAAAGGAGGAGCAGGAGCAGAAGCAACCACCACCAUUGGCUAAAAUGUCAUCGCUCAAGGUUGCUGUGCGGGUUCGCCCGUUUAACACACGCGAGAAUGACUUGGACGCCCAACUCAUUGUGGAGAUGGAGGGCAAGAAGACGCGCCUCUUUAAGCCCAGACUGCAAUCCAUUCGCGAUGCUGGACGCGAUAAUUUUCAUGAUUUCACCUUCGACUAUUCGUACUGGUCCUUCGAUGUCGAAGAUCCGCAUUUUGCUACACAACAGCAGGUGUACGACGAUCUGGGCACCGAUGUCGUCGACUGUGCCUACGAAGGUUACAAUGCCUGCGUUUUUGCGUACGGCCAGACGGGCUCGGGUAAAACGUUCACAAUGAUGGGCACGCCCAGCAAUCCGGGUCUGAUACCCCGAAUAUGUGAGGAAUUGUUUGCGCGAAUGCGUGUCGGUAAGGAAUCAGGAACCGGCUACCGCACACAUGCCAGCUAUCUGGAGAUUUACAAUGAACGCGUCAAGGAUUUGCUGGCAACUCAGAGUUCUGGUCAUGGACUGCGCGUGCGUGAACACCGCAGUCUGGGACCGUAUGUGGAAAAUUUGUCGCAGCAUGCGGUGUCAGACUUCGAUGAGAUUCAGGAAUGGAUUGCGCGGGGCAAUGCGCAACGCACCACGGCCAGCACCAAUAUGAACGAUACGAGCAGUCGUAGUCACGCCAUCUUCACGAUCACAUUUGUGCAGGCCGUCUUCAUGAAUGACAUGCCAAGCGAGACUGUCUCGAAAAUCCAUUUGGUCGAUUUGGCGGGCAGUGAGCGUGCCAAUGCAACGGGCGCCACGGGCCAGCGAUUGAAGGAGGGUGCACACAUUAACAAAUCGCUCGUAACGCUGGGCAGUGUAAUCUCAGCGUUGGCGGAGCAAACGGGUGUGGCCACCACUCCAAAUAGCGGUACGAAACGAGUGCUCUACAUACCCUACCGCGACUCAAUACUCACCUGGCUACUGAAGGACAGUCUGGGGGGCAAUAGCAAGACCAUUAUGAUUGCUGCCCUGUCUCCGGCCGAUUGCAACUAUGGCGAGACUCUCAGCACACUUCGCUAUGCAAAUCGCGCCAAAAAUAUUAUCAACAAGCCGACUGUGAACGAGGAUGCCAAUGUGAAGCUAAUACGAGAGCUCAGGGAGGAGAUCAAUAAGCUGAAGUCGAUGCUGACCGGCGACAUUAACUCAGUGCAACCAUCUCUUAAAGUGCUCGCUGAUUUGCAAAAGGCAGAGGCGCAGGAGAAAGUGCUCACGGAGGAGUGGACAGAGAAAUGGAAAGUGGCGCAAUCGAUAUUACAGGAGCAGAAGAGUCUGGGCUUGCGAAAAUCCGGCGUAGGCGUGGUUCUGGACUCAGAAAUGCCACAUCUCAUUGGCAUACAUAACGAUGUGACGACCGGCGUGACGCUCUAUAGUCUAAAGGAGGGCGAGACACGCAUAGGCACCGAGGAUGCUGAAGUACCGCAGGAUAUUGAGCUGAUGGGCGAUGGCAUACGGCCGCAACACUGCAGCAUUAAAUUGCAGGGUGGUGUGGUCACAUUGCAUCCCUGGCCAAUGGCACAGUGCUGGGUGAAUGCACAUCUCAUUGACGAGCCCAAGCAGAUCUCUCAGGGCGACAUUAUUUUACUCGGCCGCACCAAUAUCUUCCGUUUCAACAAUCCUGCCGAGGCGGCAAAGUUGCGUAAGGACUUCAAUCGAUCGCAGCUGGACAUGUCACGUUUAUCGUUAAUUACGUCUUCGCGAGAAAAUUUGUUGUCAUACCCUGAAGAGGAUGCAAUGACCGGCAGCACAUCAUCGCCGUAUAAACGACCAGACCGCCAGUAUAAUCCCCAGCGACCCACCUCCCACGACGAUCCGGAGUUGCAAGAUGAGAAUCGUAAAAUAUUGGAGACAAUCGAGAAUGCCCUGAAGCAGCUGAACGUGGAACGGGUACAAAUGCAUGAUCAAUACAAGAUCAAGGUCCGAAAGCUAAAGGAGGAGCUGAUACGCCUGGAGCAGGAGGAAAUGGACAGCCUACAGCUGUUGCAUUGUCGUGAACAGGAGCUGAUUGCGCGCAAGGACAUGCUGAUGUGGGAAAAGAAUAACGAGAAGGUUCAGAUCGACAUUGUGUGUAGACAAAUUUCCGCACUUCAAACACAGCUCGACUCAAAGAAACGCGAUUUUUCUGAGUACGUAGCUAAAGAAUUGCAGAACUUGCAAGAUUGCGGCAAACUUGAAGAGAUGGGCAUGAAAAUUGAGGUGGGAACGCCCCUGAACGACGAGCUGCUAUUGCACGUGUCCAACUCAUUAGAUUCCUAUGCGACGCAAUACAUUAAGGCCACCGUCAGAAGAAGUAACGAGGAAAUACGGAAGCUGGACGAAGAAAUUGCAGAAAAGGAGUUAAUUCUCAAUGCAAGCACUACGAAAAUCGCACAAGUUGACGAACAAAUGUUGGAAAUCCAGGCGCAAUUGGAGCAAUUGCGGCAAGAGCGGGCGGACAGCGAAGUCGAGAACCAAGUGCUGCGAUCGAAGAAACAGAACCUGAAGCUUCAACUUGGAAAAUCCAGCAUGUCCAAUUCGACAAGCACAAACACCGAUGCCGACGAUGUGUCAAAAUCGGAUACGUACGAAACCUGUGAUACUUACCACACGGCGCAGGAGAACUUCUCGCAUGUGUCCUCGCCCACAAUAACGGAGGGUCAACAGACGCCACUGAGCAAUUACUCAGGCACGUCCUGCGAGGCUGAGGAUGAGGCCGAGUAUACGCGCAAGGACGAACUCUCAAACACGUCACAUAGUAGCGAAGACACUUCCCGCACCUGUACCGCCGGCGUAAGCAGUGGCAGUGGUGGGAAUAGUGUUGGGAGUGGUGUUGCGCGCAACAAUCUUACACCUUCCUCGCAGGCUAUUAUGAGCGACAGUGGCGUGUGCUUGGAUAGUAGAAAUCAAGCGCUGUUAAAUAAUAGCAACGGCUAUGGCCAUGCCAAUAACUACAAGCAAAGUGUGCGCACUUCGGAUGAGGAAACGGGCUCGUGCUCAUCCUGUGAAAUGGGUCGGAACCCGUCUCGCCCCUACUGUCCGUUGUAUGCGCUGCGUCAACAAAUUGCCUCACAGAAGGCGCUCAUUAUGAAAAAUCUGGAAAUGUCGGUGAAUAAGGCGCAGUUGGAUCAACAAAUUGCCGAUUUACAGGUGCUCCAGAAACGCUAUAUUCAAAUGGAGCAAGAGCUGCUCCAAUCGGAGCAAGACUUGGAGGAACAUACGGCUUGUUGCCCUGAAGAGACCAACGCAAUGAUGCGCUCCACAAUGAGCAUAAAUGAGUCUACUUACUCGCCAAGCAUGACGCGUUCAUUGCCUUCCAUGCGUGAGUUUCCUGAGGGCGAGCAUUUCAUAACCAUACCCAACUUUGUAAUGCGGGGAGCUGGAAAGCAGACACACUAUGAGUAUGAAGUGCGAAUUGCUCUCCCCGAUGGCAAACUGAACAUAUUGCGCCGCUACAGUCGCUUUCGAGAGUUGCAUCUGUGUAUGAAGCACUGCUAUGGUGCAAAGAUCUCUGCCUUGCCUUUUCCGCGCCGCGAACUCUUCGCUUCUAACAGCGAACCAGUGGCUAAGCAUCGACGUCGUCUGCUGGAACUCUACUUACGCCGUCUCUUCGUAGUGUGCUCCAAAAUUCCGCAGUGUCCCAUCUAUGACGGACCCGGUGGUCCUGGACUCACGCGUGCCUCGCUCGUUCAGUUGUCGCCUUUUUUCAAGAAGGGUCUGUUCGAGAACGGCAAGCAUGGGACGGGAUAAUAGUUAACCUACUGCUGAAUUAUCUCCUGCCUACAGUGUGUCUUUUUAUCUAUUUGUACUAUCUCAUAAGUUAUAUGACCGACAACUUGAACAUGUAAACUAGAUGAUAUUAUUGAA